AGCCUCUACGAACUCGUCUUGUGGGCGGGAGCGGUCCUCAUGAAGGCCGGGUCGAAGUCCUCUACGAUGGCGCAUGGGGUACGGUGUGCGAUGACGGCUGGGAUAUCAACGAUGCCGAUGUGGUAUGUCGAAGUUUAGGCUUUUCACGGGCUUUGACAUUCAACCACCGGUCUGCCUUCGGACAUGGCGAAGGAAGGAUAGCUCUAUCCAAUGUCCGUUGUGCUGGUACUGAACUCAACAUUGUUUAUUGCUCUCAGGAGAACUCAGUUAAUACGUGUACCCAUCUAGAAGACGCCGGAGUGGUCUGCAAGGGAGCAG